AUGUUGAAAAAUAGAUCUGGAUACGCCGAAGGCUUGAGGGUGAACGAGGCGGAAUACCGUGGAUUUGAGAUCGAUUGUAAGGCACCGGGUCGGACACUGCUACGCCAGCGGGCUUUGAAUCGACUACGUACUUGGCCAGAUCACGAGCUGUUACACGUCAAACGAGAUUGGAACGGGAGUGCUAACAGUUUGGCAAGCGCUGCUCUGCAACUGCAAUGUGAGAUUGAGAUAGAGUCUGAAAAGGAGAUCCGGGAUCUAGUGACUUUAAACCGGUUGGAUGAGAUCCUGGUAGUGAAGAUCGAAGACGAGAUCGUCCGGAUAUCAGCUGUAACGACCUGA